UGUGGUCGUCAUCCUCGAACCGCGUUUGAGGCGCAAACGGCACGGUACUCGCGAGUCGUACACAACUCGAUCAAACGCGCACCUGUCUUGUCGUCGUUGUCGUCGUACACUUGACCGAUUUUGAGACUCGUCAGACAGUAUAGAACUCCAGGUGAUAAAAUGACGAACGAAAGUGUAUGCGAGUGGUACAGCGGUCGUUCGGUGUUCAUCACCGGAGGUACCGGCUACAUGGGCAAGGUGCUCAUCGAGAAGCUGCUUAGAGACUGCGGCGGCGUCAAAACCAUUUACGUACUGUGUAGACCGAAGAGAGGUUUCAGCCCGACAGCCAGGAUAGAGCAAAUAAGGAAAUUAGCAGUGUUCGAACGCGUACGCACAGAGUUCCCGGAUAGGCUGAAGAAAAUCAAAGCGAUGGAAGGUGACUUGGGCCUUCCCGGACUAGGACUGAGCAACGAAAACAAGUCAAUUCUUGUCAACGAUGUGUCAAUCGUCUUUAACGGGGCGGCGUCGCUGCGCUUGGAAUCGGGUCUGAAGGAUGCGAUAAGACACAACACCACUGGAACGAAACAUGUGUUGGACUUGGCUGUGGAAAUGAAAAAUUUGGCGUCGUUCGUCCAUUUGUCCACGGCUUUCUGUCACUGCGAAUAUGACACACUCGAAGAAACGAUUUAUCCAUCACCGGCCAAUCCGGAGGACGUCAUGCGCGCUGUCGAAUGGAUGGACGAUCAUACGCUUGAAACCAUCACGCCUAGACUGCUUGGGCCCCAUCCGAAUUGCUACACGUACUCCAAAAGGUUGGCUGAAUCGUUGGUCAGCGAAUAUGCUAGUCGAAUUCCAAUAUCUGUGGGCCGUCCGUCAAUUGUGACGCCUUCGUUCAAAGAGCCCGUUCCCGGAUGGGUGGACAGCUUAAAUGGGCCGGUAGGAGUCAUUGUGGCUGGCGGCAAAGGCGUGAUCCGAUCCAUGUUGUGUAGUCCAGACUACGAAGCGGAAGUUGUGCCUGUAGACAUUGCGAUUAAUGCUCUUAUUUUGAUCGCUUGGAAGAGAACAACGAUCGAUAACACAAUCGAUGACAUGGUGCCGUGUUACAAUAUAUCCAAGGGAGACAUCGUUCGCCUGACCUGGGGUGAAGUGUUGUCUAAAGGAAAACGAUACGCAUACGAGUAUCCAUUCGACGCCGGUCUGUGGUACCCCAAUGGAUCGAUAAGGACCAACAAAUUGGUGCAUUACUUCAUUGUGUUAAUGCUGCAGGUCAUUCCGGCCUACUUGAUCGAUGGAAUCAUGUUAUUGGCUAGGCAAAAGACAUUCAUGGUUCGAGUUCAAAAGAGGAUAGCCGUCGGUAUGGAAGUAUUGCAGUAUUUUACCAUGCGCAGUUGGAACUUCAAAAUUGAAAACACUAAAGCACUGAUAAACAAUCUAAACGAAGAGGACACGAGAAAGUUUUACAUACAGAAUACCGAAAUUGACGUUGAAAAGUACAUGAUCCAAGUGUUGCUGGGUGCUCGUCAAUAUUGCAUGAAAGAGCCUCUUGCAAAUCUUGACCGGGCGAGAUUUCAUCUAAAACUGCAAUAUUGGUUGCAUUUGGCCACUAAACUGGUUUUCAGCAUUUUACUCUUGUGGGUGUUUGUACGUGCGUUCGAUUCUUUCAAAUAUUUGCUGGACUCCACCACGAAUUCGUUCACAAACGUACCGAUCAUUGGAUCGUUAAUACCAAAGUGAUGUGCUCCGAAGAACCAUAUUUAUAUCACUCGACCGAAUUAUAAUAAAUUGUUAUAUAUAUAAUAUAUAUAAUUGUUGUAGUAUAGAUUUUUUUUUGUAUAAAACAUAUUAUUUUAUUACUGUGGAAGGGAUGAUCAUAUUAUAUUUAUAGAUAAGUAUUAUACUAUUAUAUUAUAUAUACGCGUAGUGUGGCUGCAGAUAUGAAGAAUCAUAAUUAUUAUUUUUGUUUGUUUGUUAAUUAUUAUUAAUAUUUUUUUACGUAUGGAUUUUAGUUUAAGUAGUUGGUGCAAUAUAUAAAUAUGUAAUUUAAAUAACACAAAAUGUAAUCGCACGGUUUGAAUGUAAUAUUUACAGUGAUUCAAGGGAUUUGAAUAAUUAUUUUACUUUUUAGUAUUUAAAUAUAAAACUAAUAUUCUCA